AUGGAAACACAGCUGCAGAGCAUUUUUGAAGAUGUUGUGAAAACUGAGAUGAUAGAGGAAGCCUUUGCUGGCAUGUUUAUGGACACACCAGAGGAUGAGAGAACCAAACUUGUCAGUUGUCUUGGUGCCUUUCGACAUUACUGGGGAACAUUACCACAGGAUUCACAUGAGCAGUGUGUUCAAUGGGUGGUGAGGUUCAUUCACAGUCAGCACAGUCCUAAAAGAAUUGCCUUCCUCUACGACUGCCUUGGCAUGGCUGUGGAGACCAGUCUACUAACACCAAGGAUGGUGUGUGUAGCCCUAAUUAGCUCAGACACUCUGGAGUGGGAGAGGACACAGUUGUGGGCGUUAACCUUCAAACUGAUCAGAAAGAUCAUUGGUGGAGUGGACUAUAAGGGUGUCCGCGACCUUUUGAAAGCUGUAUUGGAUAAAAUCCAAACAAUUCCUACCACCGUUAGCUCAGCUAUAGUGCAACAGUUACUGGCUGCAAGAGAGGUGGUGGAGUACAUUUUAGACAGAAAUGCAUGCUUGCUGCCUGCAUAUUUUGCCAUAACUGAAAUUAGAAAGCUUUAUCCUGAAGGCCAGUUGUCACACUGGCUUCUUGGGAGUCUAAUCUCAGACUUUGUGGAUAGUUUUCGGCCCACUGCAAGAAUCAACUCAAUAUGUGGUCGCUGCAGCUUGUUGCCUGUUGUAAAUAACAGUGGAGCAAUCUGUAACUCCUGGAAGUUAGACACUACAAGUCUGCGCUUUCCUCUCAGAGGCCUGCUGCCAUACGACAAGGACCUGUUUGAGCCACAGACAGGUUUGCUUCGGUACGUUUUAGAGCAACCUUAUUCAAGGGAGAUGGUCUGCAACAUGUUAGGUCUCAAUAAACAGACUCUGAACAUUUCCCAGCAUAAGCAGCGCUGUGCUGUCCUGGAGGAGCAGCUGGUGGAUCUGGUGGUGUACGCCAUGGAGAGGUCUGAGACAGAAGAGCAUUUUGACGUGGACAUUGGAGGAACCAGUCAGCUGCUUUGGCAACACCUGUCCUCCCAACUCAUCUUCUUUGUGCUGUUUCAGUUCGCAAGCUUCCCACAUAUGGUGCUGUCGCUGCAUCAGAAGCUUGCAGGUCGAGGCCUCAUCAAAGGAAGGGAUCAUCUCAUGUGGGUGCUGCUCCAGUUUAUAUCUGGCAGCAUCCAGAAAAACGCCUUGGCUGAUUUCUUACCUGUCAUGAAGCUAUUUGAUCUGUUGUACCCUGAAAAAGAGUGCAUCCCUGUUCCAGACAUCAACAAGCCUCAGUCGACUCAUUCCUUUGCAAUGACCUGCAUUUGGAUUCAUCUGAACAAAAAGGCUCAGAGUGACAAUUCCAAACAGCAGAUUCCCAUCCCGCACUCUCUGAAACUACACCAUGAAUUCUUGCAACAAUCUCUUCGUAAUAAAACUCUUGGAAUGGCAGACUACAAGAUUGCUCUGCUGUGUAACGCCUAUAGUACUAACUCGGAGUGCUUCACGCUGCCAAUGGGGGUUCUGGUGGAGACCAUCUAUGGAAAUGCUGCUAUGGGAAUCAACCUGCCUGGAACCAAAUGCAUGGCAUCUGGAUCAGUUACCCCCCUGCCCAUGCACCUUCUGGACUCUCUCACUGUUCAUGCAAAGAUGAGUUUGAUCCACAGCAUUGCAACAAGAGUGAUCAAACUGGCCCAGGCAAAGUCCAGUGUGGCCCUGGCCCCUGCACUGGUGGAGACAUACAGCAGGCUCCUUGUCUAUAUGGAGAUAGAAUCUCUUGGUAUCAAAGGAUUCAUCACCCAUCACCACUCAGAGUACAGCUACAUGAUACACGCCACGCCUCCACUCGGCCUGGCCAAGCAGUACACCAACGCGGUCCAACAGGUCCAGAACCAGCUGCCAUCUCAUGGAGCCACAGCUUUAAGGCUGGAUCACAGCUCUGAGUGCCGCUCAGAGGUGCGAGCGCGCAGUUGUACACGCUUCCUCGCAACGGACCCAAAACUGGUAUGGUUUGCUCGCGGAGUUCGGAGGAAGCUGAGACCCGAGCCCUCAUCCCUCACCCUGGCCCGCGCUACUGUCUAUGUCACGGCAAUCCAAUUGUACCGUCAAGGUGUCCCGUUUCAAUCUGGGAAGGGCAGAACUGUUGAGGGAGGAGUACAGGACGUGGCCAGUGCCAUGGCCAACGGAUCCGCAGAGGUGGUUGGCGCACAACUCGGAGCUCGUGGCAGCUGGUGUUGGCUUCACUGUGCGUACUUAUCGCCAGACUACAAAUGGGUUACGCAGUUCUCCACGUCCGUGGGUGAAGGCUAG